AUGUCGUUAUUAAGUAAUAAAUGUUGGAUAGUUGUUUGUAUAAGUGAUACGCAUCAACGACAUCGUCAACUAACAGAUAGAUUAAAGUCAACUCAUAGUGGUGAUAUUCUUAUACAUGGUGGAGAUAUAACGAAUUUUGGUCGAGGUUCAAAACCAUUCGAUGAUUUUGAUGAAUGGUUAAGUGAACUGCCAUUUAGACAUAAAUUAAUUAUUACUGGAAAUCAUGAUUCAAUGUUAAGUCCAUGUUUAAAACAUGGACGACUUUUGAAAGACGAACAACUUCUUAUUGAUGAUUAUCUUCGCAUAUAUGGUGCACCAUGGCGUCCUACAGGCACAUCAAAAUGGUCUGAUAUUCCUUCAAAUUCACAUAUUGUAAUUACACAUAAUCCACCUUGUUCUCAAUAUGGAUCACAUGUUGAUUUAGAACUUAAUUUACAAAUUAGAUUACAUCAAGUAAGACCAUUGCUUUCUAUUUUUGGUCAUAUUCAUGAAGAUUAUGGAGUUUGGAAACAAUCACGUGAAGUUUUGUUUGCUAAUGGAGCAUCAUUACCUUCUUCUCAUUCACGAGCAUUGAACGAUCCUUUAAGGUUUAAAAUUUCAAUCGACGAAAAUUCAGUGCCGUCUAUCGAACAGAUUAUUUAAUUGAUGUGAAUAAAAUUUUUUAAUCAUUGAACAUUAUCUGUAACUAAAAUAUUAUAAUUUCAUUCAUUUUUUCCUAUUCAACAUUUUAAACAUGAAUAAUGAAGAAUUUUGUUGAAAGAAAAACCAUAUACAUGAUUAGAACGCAUCAAUAUUUUCAGAGAAAGUUGAGGGUGAAGGCGUAUCGAUGUGGAUAUUCUAUUCUUAAGGGUAUGACGGUGAGGGAUGGUUUAGUUCGUAGAGUGGAUGCAGCUACACCGCACACGCAUACCAUCGCUCAGAUCUAUACUCACACCCUGAUUUAGUUGAGAUUUAUUUAAAAAAACUAAAGCUGCUAAGAACAAACAACUUACAUUAAUCAAUUCAGAUAAAUGUUAUUUCAAACUCAAAACUGUUGAGAAACUGUUUUUGAAGUUCAAAGAACAAUAAUUCUGCGAAUUGUUAGUAAAAGCUUUUCAAGACGGCGCAAGCGAUAUCAAUCCCUUUCUAAGUACGUCGCUGGCUUCAGUAACGUGGUCUUUCUGCCCUGAUGCUGAGCAAACAAAUCUCGGUAGUCAUGUCACGGAGAAGAAGCUUAAAUUAAUAUCAUCAUAAUCUAUUCUUCAUGUUAACACUAAAUUACAUUGACCUGUAAAAGAUAAUUACCGAAAAUGUACUUCCUUUAAUGCGAAAGAUAUUUACAAAUGAAAUCAAACAAAUAUUUUACGUGCAAAACAUGUUUUUUUUAAUCUUUUUGACUUGAACACAAUAAAUUAAGUAAAAAUUCACUUUCUAAUUGUAAACCAAAAUUUCCGUUCUUAAGCAUUUUAACAAUAUGUCAAUCAGUCUAUAGAUUAUUUAGCGUAUUAUAAUUAUUUUUCAUUUUUUUUGUAUAUUAGAAUCUAAUUUUGCUAUUAAUUUUCACAGCACAAUCAAUCAUUUUUUUUCUAGUAAUACGUAAUUACAUUUGGGUCAACAUUCUUUUGUCCGAUACAUUACACGUCAUAGAUCAUAUAUUAGAUAAAUCAAUUAAAUGUUCGAGGUAAAAAAGACUAACUACCAGUAUUUACAAUGUUCAGCCUAUUCAAGAUUCACUGAUAAAAACAAGAAAUACUGUGCUGUAGAAAGAUCGAAAGGAAAAAAACUGUUAGCGAAAUCCUUCCGGGAUUAAAAUGCGACGCACGAUGUAGCUGUUCGUUGUUGAUCGCCUCAAAAACCUUUCUUUUAAUCUAUUUAUGGAUACACUCGUUCACAACUCUUUACUUAAUCCUCUAGAACUAAUAUAAGAAAUAGGUUCAUCCAUUUGGGUGUGGGUGUGGGUGGGUAUGGGUGUGGGUGUGAGUGUGGGUGUGGGUGUGGGUGUGGGUGUUCAUUCAGAGAAGACUGAGACUCAUACCCACACCCACACUCC